UUUUUUUUUCCGACGCUGCCUAACAAUUUUCCGUCUGCCGAAAGGCGGGAACCGGUCAGCAGGCUUAGGACCCUAGCGAUACGAGGUCCGGUGAUGGACAAAGGCGACGUCUGAGUCGAAGUGGCUGUCACCAGUGAUUCGCGUCAGGCUCGUUGGGCGACACAAAAUCCAGUUGGGUGGCUGCAUAAAGCAAUAAUCAAUAUUAGCAAAUGGUCAGCUGAUGCAUCUCUUUGUUUUGUUUUCUUGGGUUUGAUGGUUUCCUCCGUCGGCCAGUGUCGAAACAGAUGAAGGUUGAAAACACAGCACGGAUACAGCAGAGAUUGAUUGCGCCGGUCGACUUGCAAAGGAGAAAUCAAUAAUGCUCCUUGUUGGUAAGCUGGCAGUGGGCAGGUAUUUCUGGCUGAGACACGACCAGGUGGUUGGCCGGGAGCGUCCGGCAUGCGCGAAGCUAAGCAAAGAAAGGUGUAGGACUCACAUUAAUCUCGGAAGUACAACGCGCGCAAGAGCACAGGCUCUUGGUACUUGGUUCCAAAAGGACCCGAUGAAGAGGGGGAAAGGAUGCAAAAGGAUGCAAAAAGGUGAUGAGUAAACGAGGGUGGAAAAAUUAAAUAGAUGGAUGGGCACGAUGCAAGAAAUGUUAUAGUACUCGGUAGUGAAAGGGGGAGAGUCAAAGAAUACAAUAGAAUAAAAUGCCCAAAAAGUUACAAGUAGCGAUAGAUGAUGCCAGAAGAAGCGCAAGCAAAAGCCAAGAGACGGCGCGGAGAGCGAAAGGUAUGUCGAUGAAGAAAAGCCCAGAGAGAAGGUCAAGAAGAUUCAAGUCGAACGAGUGAGCAGCCGAGGCAGCUAUCAAAGAGAGGGGGAAAUGAGCCAAACGGAUCAAGUCGUGGGCUAUACGAGGCAGUACAAUAAAACGCAACUUGUCGCUGAGAAAGACACACCCCGAUCCUCGAUUUCGACGUCGACGGGCGAUGAAAAGAGAGCGGCGGGAACAAGACAGCGUACAGAGUACGGCAAGAAGGGGUUGAAAGAAGAACAAGAAAAAAAAAAGGGAUGUCAACUUCAGGAGAGCGACGGGAGGAGGCCAGGC